AAACUACUUACUUGAUCAAUUAUAUCGUAUUUUUUCUCAUCAAAGUAUACAGUUGCCCACUGGAAUAUCAGCGUUAAUAGCUGUAUUUAUAUGUAACAGAGCACGCAACUUCCUGAUAAAUUCAUUUCUAACACUGCACUAAUUUUAACAGGGGAUUAGCGGUGCUUGUUAAAACUGAUUGCGAGAUGAUACCCGUUUUUUAAAUAAAGUUAUUUUCUGAUGGUAAUCGGUAGUCGAUUAGCAGCAUAUCGUACAUCCUAAGAUGCACCUAACCAUCAGAAACGAAAAAGUUUGGAAGAAGUCGAUCGGAGUUAUUCACAAAAUGCCAAAGCUUGCAGCCAAGUUGAAAAAGGCAUUCCUGUCACGGAUCUUGUUGAAACCCAAAAUUAAAAUACUGGAAACCGACCAACAGCGAAUCAACAGAUUUGCCCAGAAAGCUUCACAAACCAAUGCAUGGAUAAACGACUUGAUUGCUAAUAAUCAUCAAAGAGCCAUAGCAAUUUACAAGUUCGUCAAACAGCACGAUUCCGAUCGCCAUGACCUUUUCGCAGCAUCAUCGACUCCUUGGCACGAACAGCUGAUAGAUGCUGUGCGGAACGUCACAGAUAAGCGAUACGCUCCUCCUUUAAAAUUCAGAUUGCAAAUUAUUGACGCUGCGCAGUUUGAGAUGAUGUACUGGAAUAUGCUGACCUUUCCCUUGAUGGAUGAAGUUCUAGGAAGGUUUUUAACUGAGACUUUUGCUCCCAGCGCAAAAAAAUCUCAAAUUCAUAAGAAGAUUGAUAUCGUCUAUGGACCGUCUUUAUUGCCUGCGGCUUACAAAACAUUUGGUGCCCAGGAGCAGGAAAUUUUGUUUUUAGAAAACACAAUCCGAAAAGUGCAUUUACUAGGGGAAAUUCGAGAUAACGCCGUAAAAAUCCCAUCGAACGACUGGAAACCUGAUGCUUUCAGUUUUUACCAGGAGAAUCUCUACAAAAAUCUUUGGGUGGAAGAUCCUUUGGCCGAAAUAGACUGGCUUCCUAAGAUCCAAACACGCAGUUCCCCGAGCCAUGAAUUUGGAAUGCGGUCAGCAGCAUCUGAAAAUACAGGCGCAGCGGUUGUCCUUGUUGGACAACAGAGCGGCGCGAACAAACAAAACCAGCUGACUCAAAAUCAGCGAGAUAACUCGGACAAAAUUCGCACCGGAAAGCAAAACCGAAAAAUGCCGAAGCCAUCCAGGAAGGAACAUCCCGCAAACGGCCCCGGAUUACUGAAGAAACCCGUGCAGAAGGGAUCAGCGGCGUUUAAUUUACAGUACAACUGGGAAACAAAAUGCCUAAAACUGACGCAGUACAACCUGGACGCGCGUGAAUUGUUUUGGCGUCAGUUGCUACAAGAAUGGGUCGUCGGUUACGGCUACGACACACUGCUGGCGGAUUUACCGUAUAGCACCAACAAUCCGCAACCUGUCGAAGUAAUUGACCAGAUUGCUAGCCCCACCGGGAUCGAACGCCUACGCGGUGUCCUGAGCACGCUUCUGCCCAAUGCGCCGUCCACCGAGCGAGCAAAAGGAUAUUUCCUGCUGCAGAAUAAAGUCUUGCUGCAACUAGAGACAUGGAAUCGCGCCUUUGAGGAGCUGAUGCGAGUUAUUACAAUGGUUGCAAGCACGGAUACAUUUCGCGCCGUACGGUUUGCCGCCACCAUAAUUACAGGUUGCCGGCACGGCAAGUUUGGUGCAGAAAUAGAAAAGGAGAUGUGGCGGAUGUUCCGUUCUGCGUUGUUCGUUAACCGUUGGACAGCAUGCCAUUUAUUUGUGAUUAAUGAAAUUUUUACAACGAGAAUUCUCCAUGAAAUUUUUGAUCUCCUGUUCUGUUACGUUAAGAAAACAGAAUACCAAAACCGCCUUGUCCAGCUGCUUGCACGCUUUCCGAGCAAUUACUGCGAUACAAUUGCCGAUGAAAUAUCCGGGCGCCUAGAUUCUCCUAGUUCGGGAGACCGAAUUCGAGCGUGCCGUAAUAUUUUUUAUUUAUCGAAUCCACUAGAGGAGGAACUUUCCGCUAGAUGGAAUGGAGUUAAAGAAAAGGUCAUGUCGCUUGCCCGUAACGAAGAACACACAGCAGUGCGCUUGCAAGCCGUGGACUGCCUUCAGAAGCAAAGAUGGAUGGACGAGUUCUGCAAAUACUUCGCUGACACAGUGAAACUUUUGCCAGAAAAGAUAACCGACAAGCUGCGGAUACUGGAUCACUUAAAGGCUAUUGAAAUAAGUGUCCCGAAUCUGGAAGAGAAUUUAGUACAGUAUUUAAAUGAUGAGUGCUCAGCCGUUCGCUUAGCUGCUCUGGAUGCAGUAAACUGCUUUCCGAAAAUAAGUUUUGAAUUAAUUCAACUGCUGCUGAAAAUGGUGCAGUUUGAUUACUGCGGAGCUGUGCGCUGUUCAGCUUUUAAAGCUCUUGAGGUGCACUGCGAUGACACUGGCUUUCGUUCGUCUAUUCUGGACUGCUGUCUGCGCAUUGUACGAUGUGAACAUAUAUUGGCUCUCAAAGAAAGAGCUUUCGCUUUAUUACUCACAAACGACGCAGAAAGAACACGACUAUCUGACCUUCAUGGCUACGUCAACGGUUUCCGGUAUUUCGAAACGAACCCACUAUUAGCAAAAACUUUUGCGGAUAUGUCAAGCCAAAUUGAAGAAAUCGUGCCGGGUCUGGACAGUCACAAAAACACUCUUCAAGACCGUCUUACCAACGACCAAAAUCACUUAACCAACAUUCUCUGUAAAAAACUGGAAUUUCACGAGAGAGCGCAGCAACGUUACAAUACUGUCACCAAUGACAAUAUCCAUAGUCAGGCGUGGCGAAAUAUACAGCCCUUUUCGAACUUUACUGGAAAAUUUUGAUGUACCGCACUGUUAAAAACACUUCAUUUUUAAUGCAUCUUUUUAUGACACUGUAUGCGUUGGUAGCUCGAUCAGACGGAUUUCAUUCAUCUGUUUUUUUAGACAGUAGUCCAGUAAGUGCAUUCUGACCAAAAAUUUAAUUAUAAAUACAGUAAUUGCGCAGUAUGAGUGGUAACAACCUCAGUUUAACCACUUUUCCAUUUCUUCAGGCAAACGUUCAACAGAGAUCACAGAUCAGGCAACUUUGUCGUGUACCGCAUCAACUUAACGUUUUACCACACUCCAAAUUUUACUUCUGGAUUCAUGAAUGAUCCAGCGGGACAGGUGAAAGCUUUAGAAAACUCGUCGUAAUUCUGCAUGGGCCCAAUCACACGGAAGCGACCCGGACUGUGAGCUCCUGUUACAUACCCAAAGCAUUCGUAAAGCAUAGGAAUGUUAUAAUAGCGCGCUGGUGUGUUACGCAUCAAAUUAGGUUUUUCAGAACUGUAAUAAAUUUAUGAUAGCGGUUAUGUAGGACAUUGACUUA